AUGAGCGCCCAAAAUAUCGCUUACAGCGAUUACGACCGACUCAGAGGGCGAUCCCAGUACACCGGCAGCAGCUAUAGUAGCCAGCCCCAGCAGAAUCUGUCAUUUCCGCAACGACCGCACCUGCCAACGCCGCCCAUCGACGAUCCACGCGCAAGAACCUCGAGUCCUUUCGCAGCGACGCCUUACCCUCAGACAAAUUACCGCCUCCCGCAGCCGCCACAGCUGGCAGAUGACAUGCGACGGCAAUCGCUGAUGGGCUCAGCGUACGACCCACUCGGCUUGGAUUCGGCAUCGAUGAACACGCCUUUGGACAUGCGCCGUGGCUCGGAUCAGCAGCAGUCCUUCGUCAUGGUACCCGCCUACCACUUGCCCAUGUACGCAGAUACGUCAUCCAACCAAUUCGACGCCUGGCAACAAGGCAGCAACCAGAGUGCCCAAGCCAUGCAGUUCCCGUCACCAUAUGGAAACUUCUACACAGCCAUGCCACCAGGCUACGGACUCGUUCAGCGACCACUUCCUCCAGCUCCAGUCGGACCAGUCGAGAAGCCCAAACGCCGCCGUGCGCCACCGGCGCCGCAGUAUCUGCAUAUGACGGUGCAGGAAAUGAUUGAGGAGCUCGCGUAUAGGAAGAUCGACACAUCGCAGAUGCAGGCGCGAAAAGCGAAGAAGGCUGAGUAUAUCGAUCAGUUGCAGAAGGCGGACAGGGACAAUAAUCUGGGAAGAGGUGCUUGGAAGACCUGUCACGGCGACGUGCCGCCUAUCAGUGCCAGGAAGGACAUGAAUGGCUAG